CAGUAAAGUCCUGUUGUUUACCAGUAACGUCCUGUUGUUUACCAGUAACGUCCUGUUGCUUACCAAUAACGUCCUGUUGCUUACCAGUAACGUCCUGUUGUCUCAGAUGCGGCUCGGUGUCGCCGCCCUGCUGGUGGCCGUGUGCGUGUGCAGGGUGCAGCAGUGCGUGUGCUUCCCUAACGGCUCCGUGGCGUUCUCCUGUGGCUCCAUGGCGCCCUCACACCCGCCCUACACCGCCUCCACCAGCAGCCCGCCAUUCACCCUGUCCACUUCCAGCGCCACCUACAGGCCGGGCGGAGUCAUUACAGUGACGGUGGAGGUGAAGAACAGCUCCACUGAGUUCCAAGGCUUCUUGUUGCAGGCCAGAAGCAGGAAAGGCAGCGAGGAGGUGUGGCCUGUGGGGAGCUUCACCAACAUCAGCCGCUCCCUGUUCACUGCACUGCACUGCAACAACAUGCAGAACUCAACUGUCAGUCAGGCAUCAGGUGUCAAGAAGAAGAAGGUCCAGGUGAUGUGGGAGGCCCCUAGCAACAGUAACUACAGAGAUGUCUACUUCAGUGCCACUCUGGUCCAGGACUACACAACAUUCUGGGUCCAGAUGAAAAGCAGAACCAUGACGCUGGACAGCAGCUCUGCAGCUGGAGUGAGAUUUAUGUAUUUACUCAUGUGCUGACUGACUGACCACUGACUGACUGACUACUGACUAACUACUGACUGACUACUGACUGACUACUGACUGACCACUGACUGACUACUGACUAACCACUGACUGACUACUGACUGACCACUGACUGACUACUGACUAACCACUGACUGACUGACUACUGACUGACCACUGACUGACUGACUACUGACUGACUGACUACUGACUAACUACUGACUGACUACUGACUGACUACUGACUGACCACUGACUGACUGACCAC